AUGUCUUCAGUACAAAACACAAACAGUUCCAAUAUCUCCGCGACUAAUGCCAGCAAUGCUAAAAAACGUAAAGUUAAAAAAUCUGUAACAUUUUCAGAUUAUGACACAGUUAUCACACCAGUAACCAAUGGAUCCCAUAAUGGACGUAAUAAAUCAACUUCAUCUUCAAUAGAGAAAAGACCAGACGGUUCACAUUAUCCAGUUGUAGUGCGUAAAUCGAUAUCAACUGUCCCGUUCCAUUUAAUACCGCUAGUAUACUACUAUAUGAAAACAUAUGAUAUAUAUACACUAUUCUAUUUAACAAUUCCAACUCAGGUUUUUUAUUUACUUUUCCAAUUCAGGAAAAAUACUAUUUUUGCUGGUAAAAAAAUAUUAAAACCAAAUUGGGCUUUAGUCAUUGUCUCGUUGGUUUUUGCUGUUCCAUUGCUAAGUUGUGUCGCCACUAUUAUAUUUAUUUUGGCUGGUGCUCCUUUAUUAUCCCUGUCAUAUUUAAAACAAACAUUUUUACUAAGUUUACAUUGUUGUUUGUUAAGCUAUCCAGCUAUAUAUUCCGUUUUUAAUUGUGAUUUUAAAGUCGGUAUAUUUAAGAAAUAUUUUGUUGCAAUUGCAUUUGGAUGUUGGUUAAGUUGUUUUGUAAUUCCUUUGGACUGGGAUAGAGAAUGGCAAAACUGGCCCAUUCCCUUGGUGAUUGGUGGGUAUUUAGGUGCUUUUGUGGGUUACGCUGUAGGUGCAUAUAUAUAA